UCGAACACCAAUACCAUUCCCCAUCACAUUCUCAUUCGCUUUCUCAUUCUCAUUCACUCACACCUGAUGAUUCGAUUUCCCUAAGUUUUGAUUGUAAAGUAUUGAUUGAAGAAGAAUCUUUAGAAAUCAUGAGAUCUGAAUCUGUUUCGGAUUAUUUAAGAAUCGCUUACGAAUCUCAAAGAGAAGAUGAACUUAGGAUUGAAGGGAUCGGAGGAAAUCAGGGCAAUGAAGUGGAUGAAGAUCAAGAAAGAAAUCCUGAUCAGGAAGGAAAUCGUGAUCAAAGUUUAGAACAUGAUGGAAAUGAAAUUCAAGAUGAUGAUGAACCAGGAAAUGAAGAUUCAAAUGAUCAAGUUAAUGAAGAUCAUCCUGAAAUGAGCAUCAGACGUGAUUUACAUUUAUUUUAAAAAAUUUGUGAAAGUUUAAUAGAGUAACCACUUACUCAUAAAAGGAAAAAAAAUAAAUCUUUUCAAUGAGAAAGACACUUUGAUUUAUAGAGCUAUUGAUGAUGUUAUUUUGGUUUUGGUUUUGGGCUCACGCAAUAUGCAAUGUACAUUUUGAUGAUCGGAAAAAAAAACCAUGAGUUUUCCCUUUACAUUUUGUUGUGUUCAGAAUGUAAAAAUUUCAUUAAGAUUGUAGGAUAUAUAAUUUCUUUAAUUCAAAUAAUGCUAAAAAAAGAAGCCUAGGAAUCAGAGCAUUGAUUAGUGGGUU